GCUCGGCAUGCCUUAACACGGACCAACAUGCCAUUGCUCAUAACUGGACCUUUCAGCAGAUGCGGAGUAGCGGACGUGCAAUGCUCAGAUGAAUAGUAAUUGAAAGCAAGGCCUCACUCCUGACAUGCGGAUCCACCCUCUUCGCAGGGAACCGAGUCUGCGGAGUCUGCAACAGUCGGAGAUUCUGACAGGUAGCAGACUCGGCAUGCUCGCCUCGCAAGGCCCGGUGUCAGAAAGUAACGGUACGGCUCGUUGUCAGAUGACCCUUCGAAGGACGGGAUGUCCACGAUCUCAGUCUCAGGCCGGUAACGCGACGAUCCCAAGGAUCUGGAUCUGCGGAAAGUGGGACUUAACUUCUGGCAAAAUCAGCUGCAGCGGAGACACUGGUCUUCAAGGGACGAUAAGACCCACACUGUUUUAUCUCGUUCCGCUCAUAGCGCAAUGUGGUCGCAACGUUCGCCACUCCAUACAAUAUCAUGGUGCCCAGGUCGAUCAAUGCGUUCUAAAUUGGGGAAAUCAGCACCACGACCACAUUAAACAUGUUCGCGUGGGUGUGAGAUAUGAACACGUGUCAUAUACGCCUGCCGCGUGGGAUCUACUACAAAGCGAUCGAUGGACUGGAAUACUACACAAGCGACGUGCACACCAGUGAUCCGCACGUUGAAACUCGUUCUUGCUUGUACCACCGGCUGACCGCGAUGUACCCCCUUGGCAUGCUUCAAGCGUGGGCUCGACAGCAAGGGCACCUUGGAGAUGCGAUAAUGUGUCCGAGAUAAUAGCGCCAUCAAUGACUCAACGCUACCAAUCAAUACUUCUCAGAAACUUUGUCGGAAUUUUGCCAAACCUACGGACACCGCUCCUUGAAAUGUGGUGUGUAGUUCCAGGUAUUCACUCUGACUGUCCUGCAACAUACGACCGUGCCCUUUCGCCGUCUCCCGAAACCUCUUAUCAUGGAUCCAGCCCCCACGGCUCCGCUCCC